AUGAGUAAAUUGCCGACGAGUCGGUUACCAGUAACACCAAAACAUGUAACCACUACUAAAUCAGGUCUUCGUCCUCCUCAACAAACUUCAACAACAACAACCUCAUCUCAACAAGCGAGUCCAACUGGUGGAGAUUCAUCUAAUAAUCAAUUGGCUAUUGGUGAUCGUGUAAUUGCUAAUGGAAAACCAGGAACUGUUGCAUUUAUUGGUCCAACAAAAUUUGCUGAUGGCGAAUGGAUUGGAAUUAUUCUUGAUGAAACUCAAGGCAAAAAUGAUGGUUCAUACGAAGGUACUCGCUAUUUUGAAACUGAACCAAAUCGUGGGUUAUUCUGUCGAUCGACUAAAGUACAACGCCUUACCCAAAAUGGUGCUAGCAGUAAUAGUGAUACAUCCGAUCAAAUAAAAGUUCAAACAACUCCAUUAACUGAUACCUUAAAAUCAUCGACUUCAAUAUCGAAUUUAGAUAAAGGAGAAGAUGCAGAUACAACAUUAAUAAAUACAACAACAGCAGCUGAUACUAGUACAACUACAAAUGAUCAAACUGUAUUAGCUGAACCAUCAUCUUCACAAGAACUUGUUGUAGGUGAUCGAGUAGUUGUUAGUGGAACAAAACAUGGUACAUUAAAAUAUCUUGGUAAAAUUCAUGUUGCUGAAGGUAUUUGGUGUGGUAUUCAACUUGAUGAACCUUUGGGUAAAAAUGAUGGUAGUGUUAGUGGAAAACGAUAUUUUACAUGUCAACAACGUUAUGGACUUUUUUCACCAUUGGGACGUGUUGAAAAAGCAACUAAUGAAAUCUUACAAUCACAAACUAUAGCACGAAAAGCAUCCGUAUCAUCAAGUACAAAUAAUAAUCGUCAAUUACAACGUUCAACAAGUCAAGAAUCUCUUCAUUCAAAUUUAUCAGAAUUUUCAACAUCAUCAAAUAGUAUUAGUCGUAUACCAACACGAACACCAGCAAAAAAUCAACAACAAAAAAUACCAACAAAUACAAAUCUUUAUACAACACCAAAUACAAAAUCUUUAUUAACACAAGCAGCUGCUACAUUAGCUGCUGUAACACCAUCAUCAAAUCAAAUGUCAAAUUUAGUUCAAACAAUCAAAGAAAAAGAUAUAUUUAUUGAAAAAUUACAAUCACAACGUGAACAAGAUCGUUUAGAAUUUUCUCGUGCAGCACAACAAGUUGAUGAAAUGGAAAGUCGUUUAUUAGUAUUUAAACAACAAUAUGAUAUAAAAAUAUUAGAAAAUGAAGAAUUAAAAAAAGAACAAUAUCAAACAAAACAACGUAUAGAAGAUUUAGAAUUUCAAUUAGAAGAAUAUAAAUUAACUGAUGCUAAUAAAGAUCAUCUAACAACAUCAACUAUACCUGAUGGUUAUCGUUUAUUAUCACCAAAUGAUAUUGAAAUUUAUGAACAAAUUAAAGAAAAACUUGUUGAACUUGAAUCAAUUAAUCAAAAAUCAACUCUUGAAAAACAAACAUUACACGAUGAACAUCGACAAGAAUUAAAACGACAAUAUGAAUUAAAUGAAAAUGAAUUUAAAACACGUUUUAAUGAACUAGAACAAAAAUAUAAUAGUGAAUUAACAACUAGCCAAAUAAAUAAUAUUGAUACAAUUAAAUCUGAAUAUGAAUCAAAAUUAAAUGAUAAAGAUAAACAAUUCCAUGAUAUUAUUGAACAAAUUAAAAAAGAAAAACAACAAGAAAUCGAUCAACUUAAAACACAAAUAAUUGAUCUUCAAAAUCAAGAAACUUUCUAUGAACAACAACUUAAAGAACAACAAUCAAAAAUUGAACAAUCUAUCAACGAAGCACAAGAGACUCGAUCUCAACUAACGACAUUACAACAAGAGAAAGAAACAAGAGAAAAACAAGCUAAUGAUUUACUUGUUGAACUCAAACGAUAUCAAGAAACUAUAGUUCCUGAUUUAGAAAAACAAAAUCAAUCAUUAAAAACAGAAUUACAAAAUCGAGAUCAAGCAGCAAAUUCUACACUUACUGAACGUGAAUCUCAAUACGAACAACAAAUAAAAGAGUAUCAAGCAAAUAUUACUCAAGCUAUUGAUGAAACAGAAAAAAUUCGCAGUGAAUUAAAACGAAUACAAGAAGAAAAUAUUUCAAAAGAACAGCAAACUAAUGAUUUAAUUAAUACAUUAAAACAAGAUUAUGAAAAACAAUGUGAAAAACUUCAAAAUGAUUUAGUUGAAUUAAAUAAUCGAGAAGAAAAAUUAAAUACAACUCUCAAUGAACGUGAAUCACAUUAUGAACAACAACUAAAAGAAUAUCAAAAUAAACUUGAUCAAUCAACACAUGAAACUCAAACAAUUCAAUCGGAAUUACUAAAAUUACAAGAAGAAAAAAGUUCCAAUGAGAAAAAGUCUAUUGAUACAAUAAAUACAUUAAAACAAGAUUAUGAAAGACAAUAUGAAAUUCUUAAAACUGAAUUAACUGAAUUACAAGAUCGAGAUCGUACUCAAAAUAUGGCAUUAAAUGAACGUGAAACUCAUUAUGAAAUGCAAAUUAAAGAAUAUCAAAGUAAACGAGAUCAAGCUAUACGUGAAACACAAGAUCUUCGAAAUGAAUUAACAAAAUUACAAGAAGAAAAAACUUCUAAUGAACAACAAUUAAAUGAUUCAAUUAAUAAAUUAAAACAAGAUUUUGAAAAACAAAUUGAAUCUUUUCGAAUACAAAUAACCGAAUUAGAAAAUCAAAAUCGUACAAAAACAAAUGAAUUCAAUGAAAAAGAUCAACAAAUUAAAGAAUAUCAAUCUAAAUUAGAUCAAUUAAAUAGAGAAAAAAAUGAAUUACAUCAACAAAUCGAACAUAGUCAACAAGAAAACGAAAGUAAAAUAAAUCAAUUAAAAAAAGGAUUCGAUGAAAAACAUCAAACAAAUGCACAAACACAAAGUGAAUUUAUUCAACGUAAUGAAAAUUUAGCAAAAGAAUAUGAAAAUUUAAAACAAAACAAUGAAACAUUAAAACAAGAUUUUCAAGAUUUACAAAAUAAAUAUAAUGAUCUACAAAAUGAAUGUCAAAAAUAUUCAACAUCAAAUGAACAAUUAAAAAAUACAAAUGAUAAUAUUGUUAAUGAAAAACAAGCUCUUAUUGAUCAAUUAACAAAACAAAUCAAUGAUAUGAAACAAGUUCAAGUUGAACUUGUUGAAAAACAAAUUAAUCAACAUUCAGAUUUCGAACGACAAUAUUUAGAAGAUAAAAAAAAACACGAGAAAUUAUUAAAAGAAAAAACUGAUGAAUUUGAAUUAAAAAUACAAUCGAUGAAAAGUGAAUAUCUUAUUGAAACUGAAAAUAGUAAUCUUGAACAUGAACAAGAAAAAAUUCGUUUAAAACGUCAACUUCAAGAAGCACUUCAUGGAGUUGAAAAUAAAAAUAAUUCAAGUGCAACUGGUCAUGUAAAACAACUUGAAUAUGAAUUAACUGAAGCACGAUAUCAGAUAGAAAAAUUACAAAAACAAAUUGAAAUCAAUGCAACUAAAGAUGAUCGAGCAACACUUGAAGGUCAAAUCAAUUUUCUCAAUGAUGUUAUUGUUGAUUUACGUAGUACUAAUGAACGUUUGAAAAAAGAAAUUGAAUUUCAAAAAAAUCCAUUUGUUGGAGAUGAUGAAUUACCUGAAAAUACAAUAACACGAGGAAAAUCAUCUGCUCCUAGACUUUAUUGUGACAUGUGUGAAGUAUUUGAUCAACAUGAUACUGAUGAUUGUCCAAAACAAAGUUCAAUGAUAGAUGAUCAACUUCAUAAUGAUCAUCAUUCACAUGAAAGAGUAGUACAACCACCACGACAAUAUUGUGAAAAAUGUGAAGAAUUUGGUCAUGAUUGUAACGAAGUCGAUGAAACAUAUUAA